CGGUCACACUGAUUACAAGAAUCGAAAUUUCACAAUCGCGCACAGCUACGCGUAAUAUUUUUUACAUUUUUACUAAAUUUGUAAAACGACAAUCUGCUCUAUGAGGCGGCAACACCUUUGGCAGGACAACAACAAACAGAAUUUGAUACCAAAUUGACGUAGUGUAGGGUAGGCAUCGCACUGGGGCAUUUGGCUAGGGAUAGCCCAGGCAAACGCAACAACAACACAACCAUCCGGAAUCGUUGAAUAACCCCAAAGAAAAGUCAUGGCUUUCCGGCUGCUGAGCACGGCCAAGGCGAUGAGCAGCCUGAUGAGACGCAGCUACAUGUCCGGUCCGCUGCCAAACAAACAGGUGCAGCGCGAAGCCAGUGCUGGCGUUGGUAUGCUGCCUCGGGAACUGUCGCCACUCAUACGCUACUUCGUGGAGCAGCUGCAGUUGUUCUGCAAGAAGCCGCCAAAGGGUUUCGAAAAGUACUUUGAGGCCGGCGGCAAGUCCACACAGCCAAAAGGUGCCAAUGGGGAGAAAAAACCUGUGGCAAAGGACAGCCAAUCAGCGACAGAUAAAUCCAAAGCAACACAACCCCAAACUUCAAAGUCAGCAGCUGCCUCAGAGUCCAAAUCAGAUUGGAAUUUCGGAAUGUUUAGCAACAGUUCACGCGGACCGUCUGGAAGACGGUCAAAUCCGCCGGGCGGUCGCCCCAUAGGCGAGGGCAGUGGCGGAGAUCGCGAGCGCUGGAUACUGCUGGGCGCCAUCGGCGCCGUGGUGCUUGUCGGCUCGUUUGCGUUCUUCGAGAUGGGCUACAAGGAGAUCUCCUGGAAGGAAUUCGUAAACAGUUACCUGUCCAAGGGCAUGGUGGAGAAGCUGGAGGUGGUUAACAAGAAGUGGGUGCGUGUGCGCCUCCAGCAGAACAGUGGCCAAGGCAGCGGCGUGCUCUGGUUCAAUAUUGGCAGCGUCGACAGUUUCGAGCGGAAUCUGGAGACGGCGCAAACGGAGCAGGGCACGGAAUCGAUCAACUUUGUGCCCGUCAUCUAUCGCAACGAGGUGGAGGCGUCAAGCUUGACGGGUCUGCUGCCCACGCUGCUCAUCAUCGGUUUCCUUGUCUACAUGAUGCGCAAAUCCGCUGACAUGAUGGGCGGCGCACGGGGACGCAAGGGUGGCGGUCUCUUUGGCGGCGUCAUGCAGUCCACAGCCAAGCUGAUAAAUCCCACAGAGAUUGGUGUGGGCUUCAAGGACGUUGCUGGCUGUGAGGAGGCCAAGAUUGAGAUCAUGGAGUUUGUCAACUUCCUGAAGAAUCCACAGCAGUACAUCGAUCUGGGCGCCAAGAUACCAAAGGGCGCCAUGCUCACGGGACCCCCGGGCACGGGCAAAACGCUGCUGGCCAAGGCCACCGCUGGCGAGGCGAAUGUUCCCUUCAUCACAGUCUCCGGCUCGGAGUUCCUCGAGAUGUUUGUGGGCGUGGGACCGUCCCGCGUGCGUGACAUGUUCGCCAUGGCCCGCAAGCAUGCUCCCUGCAUCCUGUUCAUCGAUGAGAUCGAUGCCGUGGGUCGCAAGCGUGGCGGCAAGACCUUUGGCGGCCACUCGGAGCAGGAGAACACACUAAAUCAGCUGCUGGUGGAGAUGGAUGGCUUCAAUACGACGACGAAUGUGGUGGUGCUGGCUGCCACCAAUCGCGUGGACAUCCUGGACAAGGCACUGAUGCGACCGGGUCGCUUCGAUCGUCAGAUCUAUGUGCCAGCGCCCGACAUCAAGGGCAGGGCGAGCAUAUUCAAGGUGCAUCUGGGCGGACUUAAGGCGGAGCUGGACAAGAAUGAUCUGGCCCGCAAAAUGGCAGCCCUGACGCCCGGCUUCACGGGCGCUGACAUCGCCAACGUGUGCAAUGAGGCCGCUCUGAUUGCCGCACGCGACUCCAAGGACUCGAUUGUGCUGAAGCAUUUCGAGCAGGCCAUCGAGCGUGUGAUUGCCGGCAUGGAGAAGAAGACGAAUGUGCUGGCGCCGGAGGAGAAGAAGACGGUGGCGCAUCACGAGGCAGGACACGCUGUGGCCGGCUGGUUCCUGGAGCAUGCCGAUCCCCUGCUAAAGGUUUCGAUCAUACCGCGCGGCAAGGGUCUGGGCUAUGCCCAGUACCUGCCCCGGGAUCACUAUCUGCUGUCCAAGGAGCAGCUGUUCGAUCGCAUGUGCAUGACCAUCGGUGGCCGCGUGGCCGAGGAGCUGUUCUUCAAUCGCAUCACCACCGGCGCACAGGAUGAUCUGAAGAAGAUCACGGACAUCGCGUACUCGCAGGUGGUGCGCUUCGGAAUGAGCGACAAGAUCGGGCAGGUGAGCUUCGAUGUGGGCCAGGCCGGCGAUCCUGUGUUCAGCAAGCCCUACUCGGAGGACACGGCCAUGAUGAUCGACGGCGAGGUGCGGUGCAUCAUCAAGACCGCCCACGAGGCCACCACUACUCUGCUGACCAAGCACAAGGAGGAGGUGCGCCGUGUCGCCGAGCGACUGCUGCAGAACGAGGUGCUCAGCCGCGACGACAUGAUCGAGCUGCUCGGCCCGCGUCCCUUCAAGGAGAAGUCCACCUACGAGGAGUUUGUCGAGGGCACCGGCUCCUUCGAGGAGGACACCACGCUGCCCGAGGGCCUCAAGAGUUGGAACAAGGAGAAGGAGAUCACACCGCCCACAGACACCUCCACGUCGCCUCCGCCACCGACCAAGCCAGUAACCGCACAGACCAGCUAGACGCUCGUCUGUUCAGCAGGGCCGCCGUCUCUUUGCUUUCGUUGUAAUCCCUAGUCAAGGUUAGAGAAUGUGCAACCAGAAAGGAUGGAGGAGCGGAAGAGCAGCGCUUUAACGGGUGCCUGGAGUGUCCUUCCCCUACCCAAACACUCAGCCCACAAACACACACCCACAAGUGCACGCUCUUCACAAUGUUUUUGGAUAUUUUUAAGCUAGAACCCACAUGGAUGUGUCCCUGUUCGGGUGUUUAAGAACGGGGCAUUGGAUCUGAAAACUAAAUUAUCCGUUAACUGUAUUUUGAACAUGGAACAAUAAAUGCGCCUUUAAGUGUGGGAAAACGCUUGAA